GCGCAGUUCAGAAAAAAAGUUUAAAACAAAGUUGUAAACGUCCACAUUUUGUUGCUGUUCGCUAUGACGAGAAGAGUGAAAACACGUUGUUGCGGCCUUUCCCUCCAGGUGGGGACUAAAAUCAUCGCCUUCUUUUCAAUGAUUGGCUAUUUGAUCCAAUUGGUCAUUGGCAUGAUUCAGUCGAGCAAUCUGAAUUUAAAUGACGAUUUGCUAAACCCCGUUGAGGCUUUCGUGAUCAUUUCCACGGUGAUUGUGAGCUCGGCUCUGAUUGCCUGCUGCGUUUUGCUUCUCCACGUAGCGUUCAGCAACAGUCGAUCGAUUCUGCUGGUACCUUGGCUCGUGGGCGACAUGCUGAUGAGAUCUAUUCACACAAUCAUUUUAAUCUCUGGCUUUAUCAUGGCGUUCACCGCUAAUGUUUCUCAUGGUGUUUCCACCGUCUUCAUCAUGUCCUGCUUCAUUGGCUUGGAAACGUACCUGUGGUGGAUUGUUUUGUGUUACUACCGUGAGCUCAGCCAUCACGAGUCAAACUGCAGAGGUGCGACGACAUCCGAACUCGUUUCCAUGUAGAUUUGCACAAUUUUCUCUUU